AUGGGUAAUAUUAAAUCAAAGACAUUACCAAACUAUUGUUUAUACAAGAUAUUAGAGCAUUUGGUGAAUGAAAAGACAAGUUCGUUUAGAUGGAGAUUAAGUUUAGCGUCGAUAUCAAAAGAUGUGAUGACACUCGACCAUCUGUCGAAACUGCAUCUCCUACAACUUCAUACAGUGCCAGGCGGAUCAAUCGCAUCACAAGAGUUUGUAUAUGCAUUCAAAGCAUAUUAUUGUGCUAAUCGCACGAUAACCAACCUCAAACUUGACUUUCAAUUCCCAUCGGAUUGUGACGAGACUACAAGUUUAUAUCGUGUGUUUAGGGAUAAACCAGAACUUAAGCGACUAUCAAUCAAUCUAAACACGAAUCAUCCCGAAACACUUGACCCACUCCAACUCAACGCCAACUUGUAUAAAUUAGAAAUCAUGGACUUGCACAAGGACACCAAUCUAUCAAAUACUCUUGAUCCCCUUGUCAACACACUAGAGCAUCUAUCAGUGCCCACCUCCUCUCAUUCGGUCUAUCGAUUCAUUACCACUUCAACUGUACUUUACCAACUUCGUAUUGGUCGAUCGACUCAAGUAUCCGAUCUCAUCGAAUCACUUAGAUUAACCAAAUCACCACUUACCAUUCUAACAUUAGAUGUUUUAACAUAUAAUGCAAUGGGAUUAUCUUUAAAAUUAUUAAAAACUAUUAAAUGUAUUCCAACUCUACAAUUAUAUACAACAACACCUGCCAUUUAUCAUGAACAUGAUAAAACUUAUGAUAUGUUUAAAGGAAUUUAUCAUGGUAAAUCAAAACAUGAUAAAGAUUUGGAUGAUAUUCUAUCAAGAGCAUGGAAUGUUGGAAUGGAUAGAAUCAUGAUUACAUCUGGGAGACUGUCAGAUGUGAAAGAAGCAAUUGCAAUCAUUGAUCAUUACAAUAGUGGUGUGAGUGGUGAACAACACAAGAAUAGAUUAUUCACAACGAUUGGUGUACAUCCAACAAGAUGCACUGAAAUUGAAACAUACCCUGGUGGAUCAGAAGCCUACUUUAAAGAAUUGAUUGAAUUGGCAAACAACAACAAAGACAAGAUUGUUGCAGUUGGUGAAUUUGGUUUGGAUUAUGAUCGUCUUGAAUUCUGUCCCAAAGAGACACAAAUCAAAUACUUUGAACUACAAUUUCAACUAGCUCAAGCUACCAACCUCCCCCUCUUUCUUCACCUACGUAAUGCUUUUGAUGACUUUAUCAAUGUUAUUGAAAAGUAUCGUCAUACCUUUAAAUUUGGUGUUGUUCAUUCAUUUGAUGGAAAUGAAGAACAAGUUAAAAAGAUUACAGAGAUGGGAUUACAUAUUGGAAUUAAUGGUUGUUCGUUAAAAACAGAAGAUAAUUUAAACUCAAUGGCAUCCAUACCAUCCGACAGAUUAUUAAUUGAGACUGACGCACCUUGGUGUGAUGUAAGAAAGACACAUGCAGGUCACAAAUACAUUACUACACAAUUCGAUACUGUAAAGAAAGAGAAAUGGCAACCUGGUAAAUGUGUACAAGCUCGAAAUGAACCAUGUAAUAUUAUUUUUUUAAUGAAAGAAUGA